GACACUUUUAUUCGAGAUUCGACUUUCGAACUUUCGAAGUUUGAAACUCCGAAUUUUACAGCGUAUAACAACGCAAUACGGUAGACCGGUACCGGUAGGCGGUAAAUUUCAUAAGCGGCAGCUUUUCGUGUGCGACACUGCAGACCACAGAACACUAUUACUUUAACGAGCUGCAGGCUGAUGAUAAAUAAUUUAUUUACUCAGGCUCCGCAAGGUUCAAACUUCAAACGUUUGUAAUAAUUCAUACACCUAGUUUCGUGACUGAUAUCUCUUGAAAGGAAGGUCAAAUAAACUAAUUAUCAUUACUUGAUAAGUAUUACAUAUGACUACCAAGUUUCUAUAAAGUAAAAAAAUCAGUGUUGAUUUAGCUAACCAUCGAUAAAGUCGUUUAAAAUGAGCGAACUUUUCACGACACCGGAGCAUGUCCUCCAAGGAGGAUACCACCAUGCAACUUUACGAAAGCUUCAGGAACCUAACACAAGUAUAGAAACACAUAAUAUUAUGUAUCCAGUGUUUUUGCUGGAGGAUGAGAAUGCUAUGCAGCCAGUGUUAAGUAUGCCAAAUGUGUAUAGAUAUGGAAUCAAAAAUCUCAUACCAGCUUUAAAGGAAUUGGUAGAUAAGGGGCUUAAGUCUAUUCUCAUAUUUGGUAUUGUUGAAACAUUGGAAAAGGAUUCAGUUGGUUCAAGUGCUGACUGUGCUUCUAACCCAGUUAUUAAAGCUCUGCCAUUACUGCGAUCAGCGUUUCCAGGGUUAAUAUUGGCCUGUGAUGUGUGUUUGUGUCCAUACACCUCCCAUGGACAUUGCGGGGUGUUGAAUGAACAGGGUGUUAUUGAUCAUGCCCCUUCCGUUAAGAGGAUUGCUGAAGUUGCCCUUGCAUAUGCAAAAGCAGGAGCCCACAUAGUUGCACCAUCUGAUAUGAUGGAUAACAGAAUCAAAGCCAUCAAGGAUGCGCUGGUUGCUAAUAAGUUGCAGAAUCAGGUGUCGCUGCUAUCGUAUUCGUGUAAGUUUGCGUCGAACAUGUACGGUCCGUUCCGAGACACUAUGAAGAGUUCUCCGAUGGCUGGCGAUAGGAAGUGUUAUCAGCUACCACCAGGGAGCACUGGCCUCGCCGCGAGAGCAGCGGCUCGUGACGUAGCCGAAGGUGCCGACUUCCUCAUGGUGAAACCUGGCCUGCCCUAUCUCGACAUCGUGCGGCGGACGAAGGACGCGUACCCCAACCACCCGCUCUUUAUAUAUCAGGUAUCUGGGGAGUACGCCAUGAUUUCCCGUUCUGGAGAGGGCGAGAUGGAAGCAAUACUGAUGGAGACGCUCCUUUGUAUGCGAAGAGCUGGUGCCGAUUGCAUCAUCACAUACUUCGCGCCGUUAAUUCUGGAUUUAAUUAAAAAACAAUAGGUUUUAUUUAAAUGUAAAAUGUAAUUGUUACAAACUUGUUGCAUUAUCAUAAAGAUGUGAUGGUAAAUUGAUAACUACCUAUUCUUGUAUAUAUAAAGUCAUUCUUGAAUGACCUAAAUAAUACUCAUAUUUCAAUUGUAUAUUGUACAAAAGAUUAAAAAUAUAUUUUUCAUUUAUACGCGAAGUCAUUGUCAUAUCGAUUGUGAAUAAAGAUUCCAAAAUACAAUAUAAUGAUGAUGUUAUGGUCGUCAAAAUUCGUCUUGAUCUAUAUACAUAUAUAUAGAUAUAUAUAUACUAUGCACACCUGAAAGAAAAAUCGAAGACUUAUGUGCUAGGCAGGGUAUUAAUUAGCAGAGCUUUUUACCAGUUGUGAGACUUAACAUCUUAUGUCUUAAGGUGACGAGCGCAAUUGUUGUGCCGCUCGCGAAUUUUUCAGUUUUUCCGAGAAUCCUGAGCGGCACUGCAGUGUAAUGAGCAGGGCGUAUCAAUUACCAUCAGCUGAACGUUCUGCUCGUCUCGUUCCUUAUUAUCAUAAAAAAGCUUGGAACUGAUUGGAUUUAAAUUUAAUUGUUUUUUUUUUAUAUUAUGGUUUUAUGAUUGUUUUUAUAUUUAUUUAUACAUAAAUAUUUUUAACGUGGACAUAUAAAUGAAAAGAAAAAUAUAUAACAGUUACAGCAAAUCUUCAUACGAAUUAAUUGCAUAGUGUAUAAAGUAAGUUAGAUAUAAUGAAUUAUUUCUAUUCAGUGUAAGUGCUCUGUGAUCUGGUAUUUUCACAUUUUUCCUGCUACCGGAAGGCACAUACAUAAUGACUUUAUUCCUACAAGAACGAUACUGCGUUUAUUCUAUAAUUAGAUUAAUUCUUUAAUUAGAUUAUUAGAUAUCAAAUUGCUCAAUUAUAAUUGGGAGUUAUAAGUACAAUUAUUGCUGUUGUUUAAUAUAAGGGAAGGUAAUAAAAUUUUGUUUAA